CUGUGCAAAUCGAGGAGAGGGGAGGACCAACAGGCUACACAGGGUCCAGCUAAGGGGCCACGACUCCUCACUGAGACCCUAUCCAAGCUAGGUGUUCCCGGCAUCGUGGAACCUGGAUUUGUGUGAAGCGGGGUGAUUCCCGGGCCAGGAAGGUCCUUCCGGCAGGUCCACCAUACCUUCGUCUCGCAUCAGGACCCCUCUUGGAUGCUCUGAGCCACCCUUCUCAACCCGGAUCUAAAACCUGGGACACGGCUAUCAGGCCAGCCUCUCUCUCCCUCCACCCCUCCCCCUCUUUCUGGCGUCCAUCCCCUCCCCAACACCACCUCUGCUGCUGCCUCUGGCUGUGGACCUGCACCUCUUCUCCAUCCUCGCCAGGCCCGGAGAGUGGGGUUAGCCUGGAUGAGAGUGUGCCCCUAACCUGGGGCCCUCCCAGGCCAUGGCUCGUGUGCUCCCAGGGAGGAGUCCAGGACCCUGAGCAUCUGCUAGAAGCUUGGCAGAGGCCCCGCUGGGACCGUGUCUUCUGAGGACAAAAGGCUGCGGCCAGCAGGCAGACUGGGUGGGGGGUGGGGGGGGACCGGCAGCCAGGCAGGCAGACCAGUAGGGAAGCCAGCGCUGGCCCCCUCCCAGACUGGCGGUAGCAUGAAGAUGGGGGUGGGAGUGUGUAGCGGGAGAAGCACCUGCCAGGACCCCCACCUGCCCGCUACUUGGGCACCCCAAAGCUGUGUGCUGCCCACCUGGUGUUCCCCAACAUCUCCAGCUCUACCAAGUGCACCCCUCUGGCACCUGCUUCCCCUGCUGCCAGCGAUUUAGACCAACCAGGCUGUAUCCACGGCAACAGAAGCAGGAGUGUCACUGGCUGCCAGAUCACUGAGGGUCCCACAAUGUGGCCUGGACUGUGGUGUAUCCUGGCUGAGAUCGAGUGAGCCCCCUUCCUGAAUUCCAAGACAGUCCUGCUAAGAGAACCCAGUCUCUACCCACAGGUAACAUACUUUUGCUCACUCACCCUGGAAGAUGUGUCCCAGCUAGUGGGAGGAAGCGGCUAUAGGAAUAGAGGAAGAUACCCAUAUUGUGUUUGGGACCUCCAGAUCAAUGACACAGUAGCCCGAGGUCCCUGUAUCUGGAGGUGCAGGAAAACCUGGUAUAUGGAGAACAUGGAUUCUACUAGGGACACGGCUCCUAACUACUAGCUCACAACUUUAGUGGAGGCAUGUCACUUGUUGAACCUUGGUUUUCCCAUUUGUCAAGGAGACUGUAUGAGAUCCCCUGGAACUGGAGUUACAUGAGCUGCCAUGUGGGUGGUGGGAAUUGAACCUGGGUCCUCUGGAAAAGCAGCCGAUGCUCUUAACUGCUGAGCCAUCUCUCCAGCCCCUGAGGUGUAGCUCAGCAAGACAACCGAUGGAGUCCCCCGGGGCCCAUCAAAUACUGGACUGGCCGACCCCCUAGGGUUGGGGGUAGCCCUUGCCCCUCAGCAUGGCCAACACCACCGGAGAGCCUGAGGAGGUGAGCGGCGCACUGUCCCUGCCAUCCGCAUCGGCUUAUGUGAAGCUGGUGCUGCUGGGACUGAUCAUGUGUGUAAGCCUGGCAGGCAAUGCCAUCUUGUCCCUGCUGGUGCUCAAGGAGCGUGCCCUGCACAAGGCUCCUUACUACUUUCUGCUGGACCUGUGCCUAGCCGAUGGCAUACGCUCUGCCAUCUGCUUCCCUUUUGUACUGGCUUCUGUGCGCCAUGGCUCCUCAUGGACCUUCAGUGCACUCAGCUGUAAGAUUGUGGCCUUUAUGGCUGUGCUCUUUUGCUUCCAUGCGGCCUUCAUGCUGUUCUGCAUCAGCGUCACCCGCUACAUGGCCAUCGCCCACCACCGCUUCUAUGCCAAGCGCAUGACACUCUGGACAUGCGCAGCUGUCAUCUGCAUGGCCUGGACCUUGUCUGUGGCCAUGGCUUUCCCACCUGUCUUUGAUGUGGGCACCUACAAGUUUAUCCGAGAGGAAGACCAGUGCAUCUUUGAGCAUCGCUACUUCAAAGCAAAUGACACACUGGGCUUUAUGCUUAUGUUGGCUGUGCUCAUGGCAGCCACACAUGCUGUCUAUGGCAAGCUGCUACUCUUCGAGUAUCGUCACCGCAAGAUGAAGCCAGUGCAGAUGGUGCCCGCCAUCAGCCAAAACUGGACAUUCCAUGGCCCUGGGGCUACCGGCCAGGCUGCUGCCAACUGGAUCGCUGGCUUUGGCCGUGGGCCCAUGCCACCAACUCUGCUGGGUAUCCGGCAGAAUGGGCAUGCAGCUAGCCGGCGGCUACUGGGCAUGGACGAGGUCAAGGGUGAAAAGCAGCUGGGCCGAAUGUUCUACGCGAUUACACUGCUCUUCCUGCUCCUCUGGUCACCAUACAUCGUGGCCUGCUACUGGCGAGUGUUUGUGAAAGCCUGCGCUGUGCCCCACCGCUACCUGGCCACUGCUGUUUGGAUGAGCUUCGCCCAGGCUGCCGUCAACCCAAUCGUCUGCUUCCUGCUUAACAAGGACCUCAAGAAGUGCCUGAGGACUCAUGCCCCUUGCUGGGGCACAGGAGGUGCCCCAGCUCCCAGGGAACCCUACUGUGUCAUGUGAAGCAAGCCAGUAGGUGAUAGGCAGGGGGAAAGUCAUGAGGAGCGUACUGGGGCCAACAGCAGGGGAAGAGUGGGACCCAUACAGAAGCCUUCCUUUUUGAGCUUCAGCCCAGGCUCUCAAACCAUCCCUAACUGAGGCAUUUUGCCAACACCUCCUUAGGGCUAGAAACUGGCUGAGGAACUGGAGGCAUUUCUAGUUUUGUGGGCUUGCCCGCAGCCUCCUCCACUUCUCCAGUCUCCUUUUCCCGUGCCCUCCCUGCCUCCCUAUCCCUCUUCCCUCUCCUAUCUUUCUAAAGUGACGAGUCAGUAAAAGAAAACGAACUGAAAAUGCAGGGUUUUUUAAUAAUAACAGCUGAGGAAACAGGCUUUCUUGCUUAAAUGUUACCCCCCCCCCCCUUGACAUUGUCAAGAAAUGGGAAAUUUCUCCUGUAAAAUAGAUUUCCAGAGAUCUUACUGCCCCCUGGGCUCCCAUUCACCCUCCCCUUCUAAGUCCCUUAGCAAGACCUGGAUGUUUAGGAAAUAUUGACUUAAGGCUUCACACAAGAGGGACCAAAUGGGGUGCUGCCCUCCUGGGGAGCAAGGAUGUUUAAAUUGCUAUGUUGUGUGCAAUGUUGUUUUUGGCUAACCUUGAUCCCAAGCCUAGUCUCCUAUUCCUCCCUACCGUAUCCAGACUUUGCAGGUGUUUCUUGAGGCUCUGUUUGAGAAGCCAAGAGCAUACAGAGAAGGGUCUCCAUGAUGUGCCCAGGCUAGAUGAAGAGCUGAAUAGUAGAUGAGCUCCUCAAGCAAAAUAUACCAAAAUUAGCUACAUUCUCCCAAACUUUCUCUUGGAUCCCCUAUCCUUUCUUCCUAGAAAUAUACAUCCACUUGUCCCCACCAGGGAUGAUGUGGGUAUAUGCUGACAGGGGAAGUUAUCCGUGGAAGUAUAGGGAGAUGAUUGAACUCCUCAGAGUGGAUGGACUCCAGAGCCUGGGGUGAGAGCUAAUUCACCCCCACAGUUGUUGCUUGGGUUCACACUAUUCUUCUGAAAAUGAAAAUUCUUUGGGGGCCUUGGUAACCAAUAGUGCUACAAACUUCAAGGCCCCGUGGAGUUGAGUCCAUUCCUUCCUGUGACCUCUUUUUGUCCCUUUCAGGACUCACAGGCCUUGAGUCCCUCCUUAGUUGCCCUUCUGGGUCCCAAAUAUCCUUCCUCGCAGUUCUUCCUACCUCCACCCUUACUUACACGCAAAGUGGAGCAGACCACACCUGAAUUCCACAGGUGGAAGGUCCCAAGCCUCUUUUCCACAGACAGAGACCACUCUGGGCUUACUUCAAGGUCGGUUCUAUAGACUGGUGAGCCAAGCUGGAACUCUUUGCCUAAGUUUGGGACUGUGAUCUCUCCAUCCCCUUUCUUUCCUUAUAAACUCCUGUCCUAAACUCCACCUCUACCCCAAGAUAGCCCCUGAACUGAGGAAGCCUUGACCCAAAAGCAAUGAAGGGGGUGCUCUAGACAGACGAGAUAUUGAUGAUCCUGGUUGUGGAGUGGCCCUGGAAAAGCAGACCAGAGUAGCUGAGAGGCUGGGAAUGUGGGGGGGCUGGGCUAUUCUCUCAGUGAUGAUGAUAGGAAUGCCUUUCUGAAGGCAGGGGUGGAAAGACCAAGGUGGGAGGGCAAAUAGGGUAGACUCAGGAGGGGUUUCCUCCAUUCCCUUUUUCUAACUGCCUGGAUUCAUCAUUGGAUUUUGUAAAUGGAAAAACUGAAAUGAACAAUGUUAUAUUGGGUGUCUUCUCUCUCUCUCUCUCUCUCUCUCUCUCUCUCUCUCUCUCUCUCUCUCUCUCUCUCUCUCUCUCUCUCUCUCUCUCUCUCUCGUGUUUGUCUCUGUCUGUGUGUCCUAUCUGUGUAUGAUCACAUGCGGGGAGGUAUGAUUGAGUGAGACAGUGUGUGUCUGUGUAACUUUGUGUGGAUAGGAAACCCUGAGGAAAGUUUGCCUGGUACACAUAUGUAAGCAAAUACCUAUAUGUGAGGGAAUAGAGUACACACACACACACACACACACACACACACACACACACACACAGGGAGAGGAGACACACGAAGGAGGAGAGGAGACAAAACUUAGUAUGUGCCUGCAGCAGGAAAUAGAGUGCUUAGGAGAUGGAACCUGAAAUUUUUUAUGUAUGUAUGUGUCAAGAGGGUCAACUCCCAUCUCAUGAGAUUGUCUUCCCUUGGCCCAGCUUCUGAGCACCAGGUGAGGAGAGGAUAGUUUAGAACCCCAUCUCUUCCAAAUGUCUGGAGAUUCAGUGCCUACCCCAAAAUUCAAAUAAUGUAUUUCUGAAAUUGGAUCACCAUGGAAAUAGGAACUGGGAAUGGGGGGAUCAAACAUGGAGGUAAUGGGGUUAAGAAAUGGCCCCCUGCAAUGUAAUGGCUUUUAGAGGAACUGCUCAGUUUGAACUGGGAAUUCUUAAGGUUCCACUGUAUACAGCUGGGACUUAGCUCAGUUUUGACUAAAUUCAGAAGGAAGGAUGACAUGGAGAAAAAACCCAAAUCUGAGGGUCUACCCAGCUGGCCUACUCCCUAGGCACUCAAUUAAUUUACUAUUUAUUUACUUAUUCCUUCAGGUGCACAGAAUUGAGCUAACCAUAUUCCUCAGUUCUUGGCACACUAUAUCAUCAUUGGUCCAUGCAAGGUCCUUUUAUUAUUUUGUUUUGUGCCCUUCAUCACCCAUCCCCGAUCCCAUCCUUCCCCACCCCACAUAGGCACCACUCUUCUGUACUUAAUGUGUGUCCUUCUAAACCACCGUUCAUGUGUUUAUUUACUUAUGUGUAUCUGUGGAAAAUAUAUGGUAUUGAUGUUUUGAUUUACAUAAACAGUAUUGUACUAUAAA